UGUUAUGUCCUUCCGUAAACAAAAUGAAUGGUAGGAAAACAUCGGAAGAGGAUGCAAUUGAACAGAUAAAUGAGCGAGUUAGGAAAGUAUUCAAUAAAUAUCUAAAGGAAAAGAAAGAAGAUGGAAAAUUUAUUACAGGAUAUGUUGAAGGUACUGAGGUAUUGGAGACCUUUUUGGAAGACUACAAGCGGGCUGGCGGUGUCAGUUUCAGCAUUCGAGACUCAUGGAGGCGGAGCGGAUUGACUAGUCAGCCCCGGCUGAGAGAACUAGAACCGGGGAAAGACAUUGUAAAUGACCUGCCUAGGCCCAGCGUUAGUGACGAGGAUCGGCCUAACUCUAAAACCCAAUCCCCACCAGAUGUCCAAGUAAAAUCACAAAGUACACAGAAAAGCACAGGAGCAUUAGAGAGUCAGUGUCGUAUAUUAUGGCAAAGCAGUAAUGGUACCUUGAAGAUUCCGAACCUUGGUCUACCGUUUAUAAUUCAAGCAUAUGAGAGACGGGUUUGUACAUUCACAUGUACACGACGUGGCAAAAGGGACGUAAAUGGGUCACCUGAAAAUGUUACAGAUGAGGCUCAAGGAGAUACAAUAGCACCAUCUACUGGAAUUACCCAACCAGAUACAAGUACAGCUAGUAGCAGUGCAACUAGGAAACGAAAACCUAUAAGUAAAAAUGGUAGUGAAGAUGACACUUUAAAGAAGAAACGAGUGAGAAAGUCAAUGAAAAAAGAUUGUAAAGCUGUAAUAGAACUAAAGGAAAUAUGGGUGUUUGCUGAAUAUAAGCCUACAUUUGCAGAGGGCUCUAGUGACCAUGCUAAAAGGAAAGUUAGAGAAAAAAUUAUCAGCCUGUUGCAGAGAGAAAUGAGGGCAGGAAAAGUUAAGUACCUUCGGCGGUACUACCUCCGCUUGCCCUACCCAGAGGUGCACUCCGACCAUGAAAUCGGAAUGAACAACAAGCAGUGUAAAAUCAACCCUUUUGUGAUAUCAUGCAUCCAGAACUUGGUCACGGAAGGAAUCACUGCUGUCAAGAAUGUGCAACAUCACCUCAACAAUCUUGUUAAAGUUGAGUGCCAGAAGAGCAGUAAGCGUUAUGUGAUUGGGCUUGACUAUGAUAAUUCAUAUUAUCCGGAUGAAAAAACAAUACGUAAUCAUAUAUAUCUUGCCAUGAACGCACAAAAAGCAAAGACACAAGACAGGGAACCUGAAGUAGGGCGCCCUCCAUCUCCAAGGCAUAUUCGAUUACUGAGCAACACUGCUUCAAAUGUGCGAUCGGAGUUAAAAGAGAUUAAUAAUCUGACUCAAAAGUGCCAGGAUGUGCAAUUAUUGACUGAACUUCUGACCCAGAUUGAAAAGAUUCGUAAACAGUUCCAGGAUAAAUUGGAUAAAAACUCCUUGUUACCACGGGAACCGAUUCCAAGUAUUUCUACUCAAGAUUCCCAUGCUUUGAUGGAGAGUUCACAGUCUAUUGACGAUGCAUUAAAUCACAUAUCUUUUGAGAAUCCAGCUGCAGAUUCUGUAGUACUAGAUAUUGACACUGACCUCGAGGCAGCAAAUAUCCUGCAAUCUUUCACGUCAAACUCGUUCACUAGUACACUUAGUCAGGAUGGUAUGAGUGUUGGGACUAGUCAGGGAAAUUUUGACAGUAUACCAGCAAUACCUGUCAUGUUACACAAACUAGUCACCAUGAUUCCGCAACAACCUCAGCUUCAACAGCCGCAACAACAACAUCAGCAACAACAACAUCAACAACAUCAUCAGCACCAGCAAAAUCAACAGCAGCAACAACCACAACAUCAUCAACAACACAAUCAUCAGCAACAAAAUCAGCAGCAUUCACAGGGCCAACAACAACAACUUCCACAGAAUCUUCAACAUCAGGAGCCACAUUUCCAGCUGAUGCAACCUUACAUGCCAAGCGCUGAGAGCUCCCCGAUGGCACCGCCACAACUCACCCUGCUCCACGCUAAUAUAGUUAGUGAAGCCGAUAUUGCAUCCCUGCAAAAAGGUAGAACGAUACCUUUACCUCAUACUCCACACUAGUAGCCACCAGCUUAAGCCACCAUUAAGGCUUAACUUCCUCGGCAACUAACAUUACAUUCUGGAAAAAGUCAGAACCAAACUUUUGUCUCAUAACUACACUUUACCUCCUCAGCAGGCUGACAUCACAAUCCUUGGGAAGGGAAGAACUAUACCUUUAUCUCACAAGGGAGCACUAGCGGCAGCACAGGGGGACCGUAAGCCCACCCAUCAGUUUUAUUGGUUGGGCUAACUCUUUUGUAGGCCCACCAAUAUUUUAUUUUGACAGGCCGAUGGAUCACUUGUUGGCCGUUGUGUAUCAUGGUUGGAAGGUAUAAUAGGAGAUUAAAUUGCAUAAAAUCUUUGGUGGCUUUGGUGGUCUAGAACCUACAUCUGUGAAAGUCCAUUCCUGGCCCCCUUGGAUCUGCCCUGGAUUUUGUGAAUAAACCCAUACAGCUAAAACUUAGUAAGUAAAAUAUAGCUGUUUGAAUGAUGUUGCUGUAGACUCUAGUUUUCAGUCUCCUUCAACACUCACAUUUACACAAAUAGUCUUGAAUGUAUUGGCUCUGUACAUAAUGUCUAUGAUCCAAAAGUAAGAAUAUUUUGAAUUCUCAAGUAAUUCUGUAAAGCCGAGCACAAAACUGCAUCAUACAACAAAUCUAACUCCACUCCGAGUGAGUGCUAGACCAUGCGAUGCCGUCUGCUGAUUGUCAGUAGUCAUCUGAACGGAUCGUCAUUAAAAACGAUCAGUUGUGCUCGUGUCGUCGCGUUGCAUCUUUAUAGAAUCGUGUCGGCCGAUGACAGUCGGACGCAGUGGGUGCCCGGCUUUAAUCUGCAAAAGUGGAAGUAAGUUUUAUAAUAAUAUGGAGAUGAUAAUAAUAUACCGAUUUAUUUCCUAAAUAAUCCUCUUCCUACAAUAAACCUUUUCUAAGCGCCUUGUAUCCUUUGGCAAAAGGCGCUAUAUAAAUUUCUAUAUUAUUAUUAUUAUUAUUACCGUGCCUUUUACCGUGUCUCAUUGGAAGAAGAAGGUAUGCCAUACGUGAUCCUUUGAUUCAAUGUUGUGGAAAGUCUGUUGAUAGUAAAGUACGUUCCUCUUGUAUAAUUUUGGGGGUUGGCUUAUACUCUGGAAUCCCCUGGCCACAAAUUGAAAAUUGACAUUCUAUUUAAAACUGCAUCUAUCAGGAAUGGCUAGUCUAAAACUGGAGAGGAUCCAGAAUUUUUGAAAGGGGGAGUUGGGGGGGGGGGCAACCACAACAUUUUCAGAAUUGGUGAGUAGCACAUAACAUUGAUAUGCAUUCAAAUUUUAAAUUUUAGUGGCACAACGGGGGUUGAGGCACGUGCUUCCUACUGGAUCCGCGCAUGGUAAAAGUUACUUAUUCUGAUCAUACCUUGGGCUUUUGCUGGAGGUAAGACUGGUACAUAAAAUUGGGCGUGAGGCCUUAUACCCAAGCAACUAUGGUAGUUAAGUUCAUUUUUUGGAUUAAAUCCUUGUGAUGUGGUUUCUAAUUUUCGUUUUUGUAUGUACAGUAUAGUACUAUUGCAUUAACUUAAAUACAGUAUAUAAAAUAUAAAAUAAAUUCAGUAUUUAAUUGCAA